AUGGCCCUUCGGGAGCUGGAGCGGACCGGGGCUCACUUCACUUGGACCAACAAGCGCCUUAGACCGACAAGGUGUGUCCUCGACCGGGUGUUGGUCGCGCCGGCCUGGGAGGCGGCUUUCCCUCUGUGCUCGCUCACGGCGAUCACAAGGAUUGGUUCGGAUCAUACCCCUCUCCUCCUGUCCAGUGGCGAAGAGACUAGGCGCGUGCCGCCGAGAUUCUUCUUCCACACUUGGUGGUUUGGCGUUCCGGGGUUUGGGGACCUUCUCAAGGCGAAGCUGGGAAGCUUCAUCUCGGAGCGGGGUCCGCACAGAUGUCACAUUGAGCUGUGGCAAUGUGUGGCCCACAAUACACGGCAAUUCCUCAAGGGAUGGGGAUCCAAUCUGGGUAAGGAGAAGAGGGAUUUCAGGGAAAAUUUACUCCUUCAGGUCACCGAGCUAGAUAGGGUGGCCGAUGCUACGGGGUUAGAUGAGGACGGUUGGGCGCUCAGGUACCACCUCGAGGACCAACUUUCGGCCCUGGACCGGGCUGAUGAGGAGUACUGGCGCCAACACAGUCGGGUGCAGUGGACGCUUCAGGGAGAUUCCUGCACGGCGUACUUCAUGCCAUCGCGAACGGGCGCCGGUGGAAGGGAGAUUCGGAGGUUUGCCACCUCGGAGGAAAACCAUGACCUCGAGUUGACUUUCACUGCGCACGAACUGGACGAGGUUCUGGCGAGCAUGAAGCAAGACUCGGCACCGGGCCCUGACGGCCUCCCGGUGAUGUUCUUCAAACGGUUCUGGGGAACCAUUCGCGGACCGAUCCUACAGAUCCUCAAUGAUUUUGCCCUAGGGAGGGUUGAUGUGGCGCGUCUUAACUAUGGGAUUAUCACUUUGAUUCCUAAAGUGAAAGGGGCAGAUAACAUCAGAAAGUAUAGGCCGAUUACGCUCAUUAAUGUCAUCUUUAAGUUUGUGGCUAAGGCGUACGCUAUUAGACUUGCUCCGGUGGCGCAUAGGGUUAUAGACCGUUCUCAAUCUGCCUUCAUUAAGGGGCGAUGCUUACACGUGGGGGCGCUUGCCUUACACAAGAUUGUGCAUGAGUUACAUGUCAGGAAGCAAAAGGGUUUGCUCCUGAAGCUCGACUUCGAGAAGGCCUACGAUAGGGUCAACUGGGACUUUCUGCAGGAGAUCCUCCUUAGGAAAGGGUUCUCCGCAAUGAUGGUCCACCGUUUGAUGCAAUUGGUCAGGGGUGGCCAAACGGCGAUCAAUGUUAACGGGGAAAUAGGGAAUUUCUUCCGGAACGCGCGUGGAGUGAGACAAGGGGACCCACUCUCACCAAUUCUCUUUGACUUCCUGGUGGAUGGCUUGGCAGCGAUCAUUACCAAGGCCAAUGCCGCAGGACAUGUCAAGGGGCUUGUGCCGCACCUCAUCCCAGGGGGGUGA